CUUGCAGCUGCCAAAGGAAUUUUAUCCUUACCCACUGUCACGGAACAAAAUGACCGUGCACGCCAUCAUUCCGUUCCAGCAAUGCUACACAACUCAAAGCGAAAGACUUCCAGACUGGCAGUAAGAAGGCGAAGUACAAGAUGGAACCUUAUUGCCACCAAUGUGCAGGUACGCGUAUUUCUUAAAUUUCGCUCAUUUUGAUCUCCACGCCUCGAGGAAAGAAUUGCCUAUAUCAAUACUCAAACACUAAUUUACCCAUUUGAAUACUGUAGAUUAGAAAAAACCUUAACCCCGUCAUCCAAGUCAAAAUCCUGAAUCCACUUCUGGGGCACAUUGUGCGCAGGUAAGGCUCGAUUACCACGCGCUAGUCUGGACAAACGCCGAACUCGAGAUGGCGAAAACCGAGCCUAUAUCCAGGUGCCAUGAGAGUUUUAUACAGGGAUUGGAAUCUCCGGCCUGUGGUCCAACCCCCUUAUCCUCUUUUAUACCAUUUUUGGUAGAAAAGGUAGCCUUUUUUUUACCUUCUAUUGACAAAAGGUAACCCUUUCACAUAAAAAAGUUUAGAACGCUGUCCCUUUCAACUGCUUUUAAAUGUGCAUAAAUCACUAAACCAAUAUGUUUCCUUGACUUUUUCACAGCCAUAAAAUGGGUCUGUCAGCCCUUUUAGGUCCUUUCACAGAUCGCAAUGACAGAUUUCCCUACCCUUUCAUAUACUUCAACUACGAAAUCCCCACGUGCAGCCUUUCAUCAAUUUCAUGUACCUGAAGCUUGACUGAAAGGUAUCCCUUUCGGGCGGAGCCUCCACGUAUAGGCCGUUAUCGGGAGUACCCCGGCUUCGACCAAAAAAAUAUGAGAAGGACGCGAGGGAGAAAGGAGGAAAGGGGACCUAGUGCGCCCAAUUCCCCCCCCCCCUCCACCUACCCUACCCUUCCACCUUGAUUUGAAGGCCUACUGUCAUUUAUGGAAAAAUUUCAUUAUAUGGCUUUGGCGCAUGUGUUUAAAUCGAUUUAACAGUUUAGGUGGCUUAGCUCUAAUGCAAAAAACAAGACGAAAACAUACAAUAAGUGACACAAAAACCCCUAUUCUAAUUUAUGCGCAAGCUUUAAUUAACCAAAAAAGAAUAUUUUUUGAAUUUUUGCGGUCUCUUUUUUCUUUUCUUGGCUCUCUAAUUUAGACAACCGACAGUGUGAGAAAAAUUGCCAAUGACAAGUUGAAUCGACACGUCGAUUAACAAAAUCAUGGUACAAAGGCAUGGGAUUAAAUGAGCUUUCUAUGUCUUCUCUGUUAAAAAGCAUGGAAUGACUUUUGUCUACAAUAGGUCAUUUGACUGACUAAAAUUGACUUUAAGCAACAAAGUAUUCCUUUACACCCAGCCGUCUGAUAGCUUUGACUGUUUCGCCCGUCGUCCUUGGAUUCGGCAAAAUAAAUCAUGAUUGUCGGGGUAAAAAGACACAGAAAUUAUACGAAGUCACCAAAUAGAGCACGCAAAAGUACUCAGGUUUGUCCUUAGUGACUGAAAGCUUAGUUUCUUGUUUAAAUUGCUCUAUAACUUCCUUGUGUGUUCCGCCAAGGGCCAAUGUGAAGUCGGCGCGUACGUUUUGUAUUCGUCAUCUUCGUAGUAUAUCGAUACCCAAUACCUGCGGAGCUGAGCUGCCCUAGCCAGAGUUAAAACUAUAUGUUGCUGUAUUUUAGCGCAUGCGGACUGUUCAGUAAGACCGCUUUCCGUUAAAUUGUUUAUAGAUAUUACAGUCUUGCUACAGAUAGUUGGCACUCACUCGGUAACACAUUCAAAUACAUAGGCCUACAUCACGAAUUACGCCAAACUUGCGCAACUUGUCAGUGAUUUCUACAGUGAAAUCUCGAGAAGAAACUGUCAGUGUCUUCAGUUACCGCAACUAAAGCUUGCUCUCUAUUGUUUUUUUAAUGGCUUUGCGUAAAAAAGUUAAUUUCGGGAGCAUUAAUUUGCUGAACAGUUGAUAGUAUUAAAACAUACAUGGUUACAGAGUUCUUGUACAUUUCUGUUGUUUUUCAUCCAUCAUUAAACUGAUUCCACAAGAUGUCGUAUGCACUCAAUUCUAUGUGGAAUUCUCUAAUGGAUUCGGUCCUGCAGUCUUAAAUUGUCUGCAAUCAUUGAACAUUUUGCAUUAUGACCCGGGGGCAUUAUGAGAAGUAGUUCAAACUGAGCAAAAGCGUUAUACAAAACUAAUAGCUCGGCGCUCAGUUUGGUUAUAUUGAAAAUUUGUGCUGGAACUGUUCAUUAAGAGAGAAAAAUGCAAUUAAUUUACAGCUAACUUUGAAAGGCUGCUGGCACUGCGAACACUAAUUAAACAUAUAUUUUGAUUUGCCUCAAAACAAACGGUUUCUUGUAAGCUCUCGCUGUGACCAAUUAAUGAUUGUCUGUAGUACUCAAAUUUUAGCAUCGACGACGGCAACGGCAGCGAACACGUCACUAGUGAAAUGAAUUCACGUUUUUUCAAUUUUUUUUGCGUUUAUUCCAAAUUGUUGAAAAUGUCAAAUGUAGGCGAAUGUCCUCGACUUCGUACUCAAGUUAAGAAAGAAAAAGAAAAAUUCGUAGUCGCUUGUUUACGUCCUCCAUAAAACUUGACAUUAGGCAUUCUCAGGUCGUAGUCGUGCGCAGUGACGGCGAAGAUAUGUACAAAAAAAGCGAGAUGCAUGCAUGUGCAAAGUUGUUUUUUUUUUCUCAAUAAACUAAACCUAUUGCUUUUAUGAUGUUCUCGUUGCCGUCGCCGUCGCGUCGUUGCUAAAGCUCCCUUAAUAGAGAGCUUUAGAUUCUGAGACGAGGACGACUACGAGUACGAGAUUUUCUCAACACUGAGUAUUAAUCACGCGUGAACCAGCGUCAUUUUGGCCAGAAAACGUGAUAGCGGUCGUCAUUCUGCUACGAGUUUUAGCGAGAAUGUCGAAGUGGCGGGAACAAGUUAUCAAAUAUAAGAAGUUUUAUCAUUUUAAUUUGCGAUCGGGCGAGGGCUUAACCUCGUUCAGUAUAAAUAACUGUACUAACUUUUUUAGUGAAAAAUAGUAAAAUGAAGCUUUCCGGGGUGUCUUUAUUAUGGAGAACACGCCCAAAAACUUUAAGUUAAGUCACUGCGGCGUACUCGUACUCGUCCUCAAAUCUAAAGCUCUCUAAUGGGGACUUACGAUCCGUUGACGUACACGGCGACAAAAACAUUAGCUUAAAAAAUUAAUUCAUCGGCUUUUUUUUUCCGUCUUCAACGCGAUUCUUCCAACUCACUUACUCUGUCAAAUACGGGGAAUUCUCUUGGGGAGAUGAUUCCUAAGAACCAUAUUAAAGUUCAGAAAGAGAAAGAAAAUUUCGUUGUCGCUAGUUUACUUCCUUAGGUUCAUGAAACGUGAAAAUAGGUGUUUUCACGUUGUAGUCGUGCAGUGACGGCAAAGAAAUGUGAAAAAAGCGUGAUGCAGGUUCAAACUUUUUAUUUUGCUAAUGUAAACCUAUUGCUUGUAAUUGCUUGUUUGACGUUCUCGUCGCCGUCGCCGUCAUCGGAUCUUAAGGUCAAUCUCGUACUGUUUCAGCUGCGGUGCCCAUCAGUCCUUGUUUCAGAAUCGACACCAACGAAGAUCUUUUUCGCUUCAUUAUUAGCCUGCAAAUACGGCCUUCUCUCCUCGCUCCUCAAAACCGCGCAUUUCUGCAACUGACAAUCUUUACUUUAUUAAGCUUAUUCAAGAGAGAAUGAUCUCCAGGAGAGAAUAAGAAUGAUCUAAAGCUCAUUCUCUCUUGGCUUAUCCAAUUUCGCCGACUUUUGUUUCAACAGACAAACCCGAUGUUUCACAAAAAAUCUCGUCGCUUGCAGCGCCAAGCAUCGUUCUCUGGGGUUGCCAGCAAACUGAUGGACGCAACAAGCGAGAAGUCGCGAAAAUUAAGCCGGCAAAUCAACAAAAUGGCUCGUGUUCAAGAGGAGAAGGAGUUACAGGAGAAGAGAGAACAGGAAGAAGCUGCUCAGGAGGAAAAGAAGAAAAAAGAAGAAGGAUUCGCCAGGUCCAUCAUCACUCGCAAGUUGUCGAUCUUCGGUUCUUAUCGUAGGAUGUCCUUC